AUGUCUGACAACCGCGCUGCUCCCAUAUUCCCCCGGGGAGAAUCCCUGAUGCCGUACGCAUACGCGUUCCACGAGACAAUGGCUUCCCUGCUCGUUGAUAUGGUCCCUCUCAGCGACGAUGACCCUCUCGAAAUGACGACGCAACGGGAAAUCGCCUAUCAGAUGGCCAUGCUCUACAGGUUCGCCUUCAAGACCAUGUCGAGCCUUGCCGAUCGUGAGGAGGCCAGGAUCAAGAAACGCUUGUGCAACAGCGGGCCUGAAACAAGAGCUCUGGCAGUCAAAUUCGUCCUAUCCGCCGCGAAGGCCGCGAGGGCGCUCGAGAAGCGGGUCAAUCGCGAUCUCGAUCUACUGGAGGACCUGCUGCACCUGGCAAGCAAGGAGCGCAUCAUGACCUGCUUGACCACCAGCGACCUCAUGCAAAUGCCUCAGUCGAUCAACUGCCCGUGCUGCCAGAAAUCGCAAGGCUGGCCGGUCCUCCCGGACAGACUCAGGCCCGAGCACUUCGCCAAGCAGGACGACGGCAUAUACACCAUUAAGAUCCUCUGGUACCGUGGCCUCGACUCCCACCACAGACUGCACGGCGCGAUUCUCGACUACGAUGAGGAUGGCAACCUUGAUCGGAUGCAACUCGAAUGGAGGCCGUAUGAACGCCCAUUCAUGGUCCCCGGCGAAGAGCCGCUGUGGCCUCUCAGAGUCACAAUCCGCAACCAAUGCAUUGCCAUGGACGAGGAUGACUGGGCCGUCGAGCAGAAUGGCGACGAAAGCGAUGAUGACGUCGAUGACGACGUUGAGAAAAAUCGCGACAGCAAUGGACCAGAUCUUGCUGAACAGUCGACCGACGAUGAACAACUUUGGGGCGGCUACGCACACGAUGUUGCUGAACAGUCGACCGACGACGAAGAGCAACUUUCGGGCGGCUAUGGACAAGAUCUUGCUGGAGAUUCGUCUGGCGAUGAAGAGCAACUUUGGUACGGCAUCCCAGUUAGCCACUUUGAGUGGUGA